CGCCGAUCCCCGCCUCCCAUGGUGCCCCGCGCCGGCUGAAUGGGGCAGAGCCAAGAUGGCGGCGAGCGCGGCCUCGGCGGGCGGUGGGUCCCUGUUCGAGUGCCCGAGCUGCUGUAGAUGGAGCAGCUGGGGAAGUACAGCUUGUGAAAUGCUCAGUCUCAGCGGCUUGCAUGCUAUUGCAGAAGAAUUCGUAAAGAAAUCCCAUCUGGAAGGGAGAACUGUAACACCUGUAGCUGUGAGGGCCUCUUCAGGUACAGCAAAGUUCCUGUCUGGACUCUCUCCUUAUACAUUGGCAGGGAAACCACCACCUGGCUUACACCUGGAUGUAGUCAAAGGAGACAAACUCAUUGAGAAACUCAUCAUUGAUGAGAAGAAAUACUAUCUCUUUGGGAGAAAUCCUGAUCUGUGCGAUUUUACCAUUGACCACCAGUCUUGCUCUCGGGUCCAUGCUGCCUUGGUCUAUCACAAACAUCUCAAGAGGGUUUUCCUCAUUGAUCUGAACAGCACACAUGGCACAUUCUUGGGUCAUAUCCGUUUGGAAGCUCACAAACCCCAACAGAUCCCCAUUGACUCCACGGUUUCAUUUGGAGCCUCCACCCGUGCGUACACUCUGCGAGAGAAGCCGCAGACGCUGCCGUCAGCAGUGAAAGGGGACGAGAAGAUGGGGGGUGAGGAUGAGGAGCUCAAGGGUUUGCUGGGGCUGCCAGAGGAGGAGACAGAACUGGACAAUCUGACAGAGUUUAAUACAGCCCAUAACAAAAGGAUCUCCACACUGACUAUUGAGGAAGGGAACUUGGACAUCCAGAGGCCAAAGCGAAAACGGAAGAACUCCAGAGUGACGUUCAGUGAUGAUGAUGAAAUCAUCAAUCCAGAGGACGUGGACCCAUCUGUGGGGCGGUUCCGGAACAUGGUACAGACAGCAGUGGUCCCUGUUAAGAAGAAGCGCAUGGAGAACGCGGGCUCACUGACCACAGAUGACUCUGCGUCACGGCGCAUGCAGAGCUUCCCCUACAGCGGAGGAUUGUACGGGGGGCUGCCCCCCACCCACAAUGAGGCAGGGUCACAGUCGCAUGGCGUCCACGGGACCGCACUCAUCGGGGGGCUGCCCAUGCCCUACCCCAACCUUGCCCCCGACGUGGACUUGACUCCAGUUGUGCCCUCCACAGUGAACAUGAACCCAGCUCCAAACCCCGCUGUCUUCAACCCUGAAGCUGUGAAUGAACCCAAGAAGAAGAAAUAUGCCAAGGAGGCCUGGCCGGGCAAGAAGCCGACCCCGUCUCUGCUGAUCUGAGGCUGGGUUGAGGGAGGGUGGGAGUUACCGGCUCCAGAAACUUUUCAUGUGCGGUAUCGUCUUUUUAAAAUUUCAGUGUCCUAACCGAUGUAAUACCAAGAUUGGAGGAGUGAAAUAUCCUUUAAAGAUCCGUCUUCAAAUGUUUUUAUAUGUCUGUUAAAAAAAAAAAAAUACAGCUCCCAUCUCCUUUUGAACCAAAACCCCUAUAGCCUUUUCUUAGCCACCACUGUUCCAGAGAUCUUUAUGCUGCAUUUGGAUCCACAAGUGAAAGGGGCAAUCACACAAUUAUCACUUACGGCAUGACCCUGCAGGUCCAUGUGUUUCAGUGCUGGGCUUGCUGUGGUGACACUGUUCGUGCUGGACAUGCUCACAGCAAGGCAGCUCUGUCAGGAGGAGAUGUUUGUGGGGCCAAGCCUUACAAAAUCCCAUUGGUAGGAGUUGUAAAACUUGCAGAAUAUAGGUCAGCUUUUUUUUUUUUUUUAUUUUCAAAACUCCACCAAUGUGGGGCAUUCUCUCUUUUUUUUUUUUUUUUUUUUUUUUUUUUAAUAAUGUUUGGCUACUAAUUAGCUUGUUUUAAUUUCCACAUAAAACACUAGAGCAUCCCAUGAGUCAUGAGUUGAGAUGGAUAAGCAACAGGUGGGUUCCUUAGCUUUGUUCCAGUGCUGCAGGAUGGGGUCUGUGGGAUGGAUACAGAGUGCACGGAUGGAGGGUCAGAGCGUCCAAAAGGAACAGGCACUGUCUGCACUGUGCCAUGAUGACUCCCCUGGAUAACUCAGGGUGAAGUUAACACAGUGGAGUUUCUUUUAGACUCGGUAGCCCCUGUAACUUAAAUAGUUUCAUUUUUAUUUGCAAACGGAACUUGUAAGCUUAGAGUAUAUGAGAUUCAACAAGACAAAAAGCUGAGAGGACUGGCAUGUUCCCCACACAAAUAUUUUGGCUGCUGGGAACAGCAGGUGAGAAUCGAGUGCUACUGAGCGCCAGAAUAGGAAUUCCCAGUGGACUUGGGUUGUUGCUCAAGCCCUUUAGUUCCUUGGUUUUAGAUAUGAAAAUGAUUCACAUAUUCAGACACUGUGGCUGUACUUUACAUAAGGUAAGGCCAGAGCUCUAUUAUUCUAAACUUCAGUCUGGAUUUUUGUACACUCUCUAAUGCAGUUCAGCUACAAGUCACAUUCCUUUGCUGUUUGCGGGAUCCAGGAAACAUGCACCAAAAUGAGAGCAUGUACGUGGCUGUUCACUGUGUGCAGGACUGCAGCUACCUGGGGAAGUAGUGGCAGGUUGCUGGGGCAGGGCUGUGUUCCAGUGAGCUGGGGUACUGGAUGGUGCUGGAUCAGCGCUCUGUUCCUGUGAGCUGGGGCGCUGGAUGCACCAGACCUGUUUCGGACAGGUGCUCCAAAAUUUGUGUGAGGUCUGCUCCGCAGUGAUUGCUUCUGUCAUGUCCCUGAGGUGCCAGCCAGCAGCUGCCCAGCUCACAAGAGCCGUGGCUUUGGAGACUGCUCUGUUCCCUCCCCACACCAUCACAUCUACUAGCUCAGACUAUUCCUUGCGUAGAUUCAGCACCUGCUCCAUGAUCCAGCUGCACUGCUCUGUGUUUAAGUUGCCAUUGAUGAUUCAGCUGUUGGGCAUUUGUUCUGCCUCCCAGUGCUCCUACAAUAACUCAAAAUCUUCCUCUCCUUAGUCUGGCCUGUAGGAUUUUCAUUUCCCAGCCAGUUGCUUUCUGAAGGCAACUCUUUAGGGUAAGACUAGUCGGGACAAACAAAAGUUGAGCAGGUUUUCUUCUUUUUGUUUUGGGGCUUUUUUGUUUUAUUUUGGGGAAAGGGGGUUGGGUUUGGGGUUGGUUUUUUGGGGUUUUUUUUGCAAGUGGCUCUUCGCAAGAUUUUUCUUGACAAGGGAAACUUCACUGCUCGUUUUUUAAAGCUCUUCUCCUCCCUGACUCUGAACCAGCUCUUACUAUUUCAGAGUUUACAGGCCACAGCUGGCCAGGAGGGGACAGGAACAUCGAGGGGCUUUGUACAGACAUUUGUACACUUGUGUAAUAUGUAAUAGCCUUUUCACACUUCUGUUGAGCUUUUUACCUGUAACCUUUACUAUGUUGUAAAUUAAAUGCAGAUUUUGCCAGGUU